AUGCAUGUAUAUCCGUACGUAGAUACAGGUUACCCAAGGCCGCGCAGGUCCCAGCCAGAUCUCCAGGAUACGAGGACACAAAACAGACCCCCCCACCCUCCUUACCGCCACCCCGAGCCCACCCCAAUCCCCAUCGUCAUGCCCAUUCAUAUACCCACGCUCACCCACUCUUAUAUAAGCCCACCCACACCUCAACCCCAAUGCCCACCUCCGCCCACACCUUCAUCAUCCCUCCUUGCCCUCCCCUACGCCCCCCACAUGCCCACCCCCCACCACUUAGCCCACCCUCAUGCCCACCCCCGUCCCUAUACCCACCCCCACCACUUGGCCCACCCUUAUGCCCACCCCCACCCUUAUGCCCACCCCCACCUCUAUGCCCACCCCCACCCUUAUGCCCACCCCCACCCCAAUGCCCACCCCCACCUCUAUGCCCACCCCUACGCCCAGCCCCCCGCCCGGCCGCCCACCCAGCCGCAGGACGUGAGAAUCCGCGAGCAGCGCUCAGAAUGCAGAAGGGAAGCCACGGCCACAGGUGUGCGGAAUGAGCGAGAGCCGCGCGCAGGUGUCCAGGAUAUGGCCGACCCACCAGGAUGCGGCUAG